AUGACCAGUGAUUUGACCGGCUCGUCUCCAACUUCUACAAUCUUGAACGAAAUCGCAAACUUUGCUGCUUCUCGAAAGCGCUCUUCGCAAUCCCGGGCUCCAAUUCCCGUCUUCAAGGACUCAUCAGACCUCAAGAACACGUCAUUGGCUAACCGCAACGCUGUAUCUGAGGCCCCAGCCUUUUCUACUGAUUCAAUUGAGAGUUCGUCCACCGAUAUGGGUCUCAGAGAGGUCUCAGUUAACCUACAGCGAACGUCACCCAAUUCCGCUGGCUCUCCCUAUUAUGCUUCUCUUCGCACAUCUGCCCGUCGGCGAUCCUCGCAAGCUGAGCAUCGCUUCAACUCUGAAGAUUACAUUCAACACAUCGAAAAUGAGCUACAGAUGGUCAAAGAUGCAAUGUACUCGCCCAACACUCAUCUUCCCUGGAAAGAAAAGCUCAAGAAGGCUAGACAGGAGAACGAUCAAUUAAAGAAGGAGGUCGAAACUCUUAAAUCCUCCUUUGAACUUGAGAUACGGAACACCGUUGAACGUCUCACUGAGAAUGAGCUUCGACUGAAGCGAAAGGUUAGAGAUCUAGAAGAGGACGUCGAGCGGAAGGACGCCAUCAUCCAGGAAUUGGAGUACAAUCGAGAAGAAUUGCGCCUCGACCAAGGAUCUUUUGAAGCAUUGAGAGCCCGUAUUGAUAGACUUGAAGAUGAGAGAUCAUCCUUGGAGCUUACGAAUCGUGGCAUGACUAAGCGUAACGAGGUCUUAACCCAAUUGCUGGCCCUCUCACCUACAAAGAGCCACCAUGGAGUCGAACUGCCCACUCCAAGACGGAGGAACGCUCGACCAAUGUCUCUGAUCAUACCUCGCGUGCCGUCUUCCCCCCUCGAAUCCGCACCCUUGAGUCGACCUCAGUCCGUCCUCAUAUCUCCGAGGUCAACCGCAAACUACUUUGCCAGGUACAACCUGUCGUCGCCAGUUGUCUCUAGUCCAUGUGGUGGACGUACUGCGGACACAGAGGCGAACGAUGACAUCCACUCAGUUGACUCGGGUUUAGGAGAAUCGUGCACACACUCCAUAAACCAGGCUACUUCAAGACGAUCCACAUUGGCUUCUCACGUUUCGAGUAGUCCCGAACUGCCUCCCACAAGCUAUAUUCACAAUGGAGAAAGACCGUCGCUACACGUCAGACAGCCUUCCAAGAGGAGGCCACGGAAAUUCAUACCAGGAUCUACACAACUCAAACCACUGUUACUACCUACCUACACAGCUGAACAUGGCAAUCUGCCCUCACCACCGCCACUUACUUCACCUCAGCGAUCUGCUCAAGCAUCUGUGGACUCCGAGUCGAGGCUGAUUCAUCGGGGCGAACGCUCCUCGCAACCAGGUGACGUUGAUCAGGAUAUCGCUACGUCUGUUUCUUACCCUGACUGUGCAAUAUCGGCGGCUGGCCCUUCAUUUCAAAGUCUAGAUGAGGUCUUCGCCAAACUUGGGGAGACUGUGGAGCGCGAUUCAGCAAUUGAACCUCGCCAGUCUGACGAUCCAGGCCUAAGCCAGGGGACUCAUCCGACCACCAAUUCUAAAGCAAAUCACGCCCGUGCAGAUAUUUCUUUACAGUCACCUCGCCCACGCAUCACCUCAUGGGUACUAAAGACCACACCAACUCCUUCUGCUGGUGCUGAUCUCAUUUACGACCACGGACAUCCUGCAGCGGAGCAGCGAGAAUUCUGUAGAAGUGAUCGGGCCUCCGAAAUGUACACUUCCGACCGCCCAAAUCAAGAAAGCGAUCUUGACAUUUCUCCAGUGGAAAUCCCGAGACCACUGUUCUCGAGGGCAGUGUCUCGGUCAAUUGAUGAAGUGUAUUUAGAGGGAAGAUCACAUCUGGAAGAGUCUCCUCUGCAUCCACGAAAGCGACGGAAAGCAGAUUCCAGGACCGAUGUGAAGCUUCCACUAGCCGGGGAUCACCUUCGCAAUAACCUCAACCCAGGAACCUAUGCCGCCAAUCCACGACCAGUCUUGUCUCCCAAAUCGAUAAACGAUCGUACUCCACCGGGAGAUAAGAUCCAGCGUCGAUCAAGCUACAUGGUGAAGGCUGGGAGUAACACAAUCCGCGGCCCACUCGAACUACUUCAACACAAGAGUAUAGCCUCAAAACCACUGGCUGCAAUAACGAUUCAGACAGUGUAUGCUACUUUGUCGAGGUACACUACAUACAUUCAGACACUUAAGCAAGAUCCACUUGCACUUGCCAGACGCGUUAUAGCAAAUGCAUGGCGAUCAAAUUGGGCAGUAUUUGGGAAGAUGAGCUGGUGGGUGCUUGGCCUGUUCAUCAGCCGCCGGACGUCUAUUUCUAACUACCACGAGUGGGAUUGGGAUGCUUACGACGGCGAGAGUAUCGCCCAAAAGUACUGCUCCAAUCUGGAUAGCAUGGAGGAUUCCGAUGACAGGGUCAACUACGAGAGGAGCCGCACUGCCCAUAUUCUCAACGGCGGCUCGGACGAACCAGCCAAUGCUUCGCAGGGCCGGAACAAGCAGAAAACGAGCCCCGAAAACACAAAAGCUAGCUGGGGAAAAUCAUUAUUUCUUUGGGGCAAGUUCAGCGUGGCGAUCAUGCUUGCAGUAGGAGGUGCUAUUAUUCGAGGUCCCGGCGAGAUGCUGCGUGAGACAGAUGACAAGAGACGUUCCAGGUCGAACAGUAUCGAACAUGUCUCCAGGAGAGCAAGCAUUCGGCCGUCAGAUGUGAUGCAAGGCAGCAACACUCUCUUGGCAAGUUUCAAGGCGGCUCGACUAUCUCCGAGUGAUGGCAGUCAAGGGGCAGGAACCAUUCGUAAGCUACGAAGCUUCAGCUCUCCGAUUCCAUCGUCUGGGUAUCAUAGGCCGGGUCUGAGUGUAGCUUCGUCUUCUACCACUGACAGGUUCCUGGCCGACGUCACUAAUACUCAGUUGGCACACGACUUUAUUCAGGGCUGUGAGGGCUUGAACCUAUCCUCUUUCCUCAACGACGAUACUUUGAAACCGAGAAGGACCGAGCGUAAGGGCAUCGAGUCUAUUUUUCCAAGUUCCCCAGAUGAGGUCACGCCUAAUGCCACUCAUAUGACUGCAGCUAUGGUCCGGCGUGGACACAAACGGCCCCAAGCAAUAGAUAACGCUUCCUGUUUCUCUGAUUAUGGAUGA